CAAAAAUGGAGACGACACAACUUGGAAGAGAAAUCAACUCGAAAUAGCCAAGAGAAUGUUCGUAAACCCCCUCAAAUCCGAUGCUUCCUUUGAUUCCAACCUCCAAAAGCCCAUCUGCUCAAACGAGGAGUAUUACAAGACUUUCAGCUGUCAAGAGACAAGGCCCGUUUUACUAUCAGGUUUCAAGAGCUCAUGUAGAUAAUGAUGACGUCUUUCUGCAAGAAGCUCUGGCUAGAUACAAAGCAUUUCUUAUAAUUUUGGUUUUCUCGAUAAGAGAGGAAGUUGUUGUUUUUGUUGUCUACUCUUGAAGCUUGAUCUGGUUUGAAAUUCAUGUUCAAAAGAAGAGAAGAGGCUGUUUCUCAAGUGGUUGACGAGAAAUAGAUUGUGUUUUGUCUUCUCUGUUUAGAAGAAUGCCUGCUUGGUUAAAAGAGGUGAUGAUUGAGAUUGAUCUCAGUUGAGGAGCGUGGAGUUUUUGCUUGGGUUAAUAAGCACCUUUGGUCUGUGUUGAUUGUGUGUUUCCUAGCUUCAAUUUAUCCUUGGAUGAAACACAUAAUCAACAUGAGGGAAAAGAACUAGCAUCAUAAUGAUGAAUAUGAAGAUUGGCUAAGAAUGAGAAGAAGAUGAAGUGGCGUUUAUCAACUCUGUCUUUGUUAAUUUGGAGUUGCUAUUUAGCUUGGAUUUUAGUUCUGAAAGAUGUUCUGAAAACCUGAAAGCAAGAUCUUUCCAAUGAUAUAAAGAUCGCGUUCUGGUUCCUUGUGGAUUGUUUGGAAAUUGUUCUUAAAGUUGGUCUCUCGCAGGUCGACAUGUUUUUGGAUCUGUCGUGGAUUUUGGCCAUAACUUUCAAACCAUAAACUCAAAUCCAGAUCCGUUUUCUCCUAUGGCUUCGUAUGAUUGAUGUUGUUACUGCAACCAAUCCUUAGAAUUUACUGGGUUAGUUUGCUGCUUUGUUUGUGUUCUGCAUCAAAACAGAUUGAAUCUUCUUUUGUGGUCUAUGAAGUUUACAUAUCAAGAGAGGAUGAAUCAGUUCUGCUUUUCAAACCAUGGUGUAUGCUUCAGUGUGGAGAAGUAUUUGUGACCU